CCUCCGCCGCAGUUUGCUCGAUUGCGUGACAGCUGUCAACGUCAGGCUGUAAACAAUACGCGUAUUUCUCCUCGUUCCGCGUAUUGAUAGUUUUGAACAAGCAAAAGGUUCCUUUCCCGUAAGCCAAACACCCACAGUCAUGACAACGGAAGUUCCGGAACGGUUAAUGAUCGGCCCGAAGGAAGGUGUGACCUAUCCGCUAACGGUAGCCUACUGCGGCAACUGCUCCAUGCCGCUCGAGUACUGCGAAUACUAUCCGGACUACGAAAAAUGCAAACAGUGGCUCGAAAAGAAUCUGCCGGGCGAAUUCGAGCGUAUGAAGAUGGGUGCGGCUGGUGCCGGAGAUGGAGGCAACGCCGGCACCACCGGUUCCGCUUCGAACGCUGCCAGCGAAUCGGCUGACGGAGACGAAGCGAAGAAACCACAGAAACGAGGCGGCAAAGGAAUCAUGAAGACCAAAAAGGCAAAGGAUGACGCACCGAAGAAGGUGUGCUUGUCGCGGUCCGCCCGAGGCAAACGAAAGUCCGUCACCGUGGUGACCGGGUUGGCCACGUUUGACAUCGAUCUGAAGCUUGCGGCCAAGUUCUUCGGUACAAAGUUUGCCUGCGGCUCUUCCGUCACCGGUGAUGACGAGAUAGUGAUUCAGGGAGACGUUAAGGACGAGCUGUUUGACAUCAUACCGGAGAAAUGGCCAGAAAUCGAUGAGGAUUUCAUCGAUGAUCUCGGCGAUCAGAAGCGCUAGAGCGGCACAGCGGCGAUAGGAAAAGGAAACCUUCUGUAAACCUCGCGGCAACAACAAGAAAAAACGCACGGCUGUUUAAUAGGAUGGUGAUGUAGAAUAGCCUCUUCGUGGAUUAAGCUUACAACAAGGCACGCGUGGCACAACAGAAGGCAACAAAUGAAUGCGUUAAUAUAUGUAACAACAGGAUUGUAAAAUAAACAAGGCAUUAUCAUGUGUGCUUUUCAACAAUGAA